UAAUAAUUUAAUAAUUUAAUUUAAUAUUACAUUGAAAUAUUAACAUUAAUAUUAAAAUUAUAUUGAAUAUAUUGAAAUAUUAAUAUAUUAUUACAAAAUAACAAUAUUACAACACAUCAAAAUUAAAAUUAAAAUUAAAAUUAAAAUUAAAAUUAAUCGCCUACUCACAAUCUCUUCAUUUCUUUUACUUUUUUUUUCUCUUAUAAUCAACUAUUGAUUUUAUUGUAAUAUACCUUCAUUCUCACAUAUCUAUCCAUCUAAUAUCCAAUAAUGUCUACCAGAGGAAAUAUAAUCAAAGAAUACAAAUUGGUCGUUGUAGGAGGCGGUGGUGUUGGUAAAUCCGCUCUAACCAUCCAACUAAUACAAUCCCAUUUUGUCGACGAAUAUGAUCCAACAAUUGAGGACUCCUACAGAAAACAAUGUCUAAUAGAUGGUGAAAAUGCCCUCUUGGACGUCUUGGACACUGCUGGUCAAGAAGAAUACUCUGCCAUGAGAGAACAGUAUAUGAGAACCGGUGAGGGCUUUCUUCUAGUCUACUCCGUCACCUCAAGAUCCUCCUUUGAAGAACUCAUCACCUUCUACCAACAAAUAUUAAGGGUCAAAGACUCAGAUUUUGUUCCUGUCUUGGUCGUUGGUAACAAGUGUGAUUUGGAAGAUGAAAGACAAGUCUCCUACGAAGAAGGCGUCGCUCUUGCUAGAACCUUUGCCUGUCCCUUCUUGGAAACCUCUGCCAAACAAAGAAUCCACGUCGAAGACGCCUUCUACUCGUUGGUAAGAAUCAUCAGACAACAAAAUGAAAUUGUCGACAACUCCUUGAACUCAAACAACAUCAACAAAAACAACCUCAAUAACUCCAAUCUCAACAACAACCAAAUCAAUAACCUCAAUAACAACCAAAUCAAUUCAGACCCUGAUUCAAACAACGACCAUGGAAGAAACUUGCAUCACAAUCAUCAACAACAAAUAGAUGACGACUCAAUCUCUGGUCAAAAUGGCUAUAAUGAAUCAAAACAUGGAAAUAUUAAUGAUUCAAGAGAUAAAAGUGGUUGUUGUAUUAUUAUGUAAAAGAUCAAAAUCGAAUCAAAACAACUUUUAUUUACUACUAUCUAUCAAUUAAUAAUAAUAAUAAUAAUAAUAAUAACAAUAAUAACAAUAAUAACAAUAAUAACAAUAAUCAUAACCAUAAUAAUACUUAAAAUACUUAAA